AUGGGUGCGGAAGGGGAGGCCAGCGGCGGUCCCGCAGUGCUGGGCAGGCGCGUUCAGCCGCCCCGGGAAACGGGGUCUGGCCGAAGCGAUCGCUACAAGCACUCUGGAGACAUGGACCACUCAACGGAUGCAUCCGGGCUCCUGGAAGGCUCUGGUAUUGAGUCUCAGAAAGAGAGAGUGGUGACAGAGGAGGAAUGGCUACAGAAAUGGGAAAUGGGUAACAUCGGGUUUCAUAAGGAGCAAAAGCAUCCGCUCCUCCAAAAGUACCUGGAUGUUCUUUUAAAUGGCAGGAGUGGACUGAGGAUAUUUUUCCCACUUUGUGGUAAAGCCGUAGAGAUGAAAUGGCUGGCGGACAUGGGGCACAGUGUUGUUGGUGUAGAAGUCAGUGAGCAAGCGGUGAAGGAAUUUUUUUCAGACCACAAUCUGCCUUAUUGUGAGGAGCCAGUCCCUGAGAUUUCAGGAGCAAAGAUUUUCCAGAGUACCUCUGGCAACAUUUCUCUCUACUGCUGCAGUAUUUAUGACUUGUCCAGCUCAAUAGUUGGCAAGUUUGAUGGGGUUUGGGACAGAGGAGCUCUUGUAGCCGUGAAUCCACGUGACAGACAACGCUAUGCCACUUUGAUGAUCAACCUAGUGGAGAAAAAUUCUUCUUAUCUCCUUGUUACUGUUUCAUAUGAUCCAAACAAACACAGAGGCCCACCAUUUUAUGUUCCUGAAUCUGAAAUUAAAAGUUUGUUUGGCAACUGCUGUGAAAUUAGGCAUCUUGAAGAAGUCGAUGACUUCUCAGAGAGGCACAGACAAUGGGGACUAGAUUAUUUUCUGGAGGUGCUAUAUCUACUAAAGCUUGUAGCUUGA